AUGCGUGACAAUCGUUCACUCUGGACUCCAGAUGAAUCGCAUGUAGCCCUAUCGCUACAACCUCCAGAUGAGAAAAACGUUGAGAGGAUAGGAGACGCCGAGGACUUCGCCGAGAAGAUUGCACAAUUCUAUACCUUCGAUGUUGUGUCCGUCGCUAGCAUAGACUCCAACCUACUAGAGAAGGCUCGACCAAACACUUUUGCAACCGUACUUGUGGCUUAUACUGCCCCAGAAGUGAGUUUGCCGCGGCUGGUACCAACAGCGCUGUACCGAAUACCUGUUGAGGAGGAUGGGUGGAUUCGCGAUCCCGAAGCAUUGCCAUCCGAGUUCCAAAGUGGAUAUAGGCGCAGCUUCGAUGGAAAAUCGGUAAAAUAUGUAUUCAUGUGUUUCGCCAGGCACAGAGUUCAAUAUAGUGAUCGGGAGUCUAUCACGCUAUUCGAGGAUGCUGAGUGGCUAGCACAAACAGUCACAUCCCGGCCAUUUUGGAUAUGA